AUGAAAAAAGUACAAGUGGUGUUGAUCCCUUCUCCUGGUGUAGGUCAUAUAGUUUCGACUCUGGAGUUCGCGAAGCUUCUAAUCAACCGUGACAACCGUCUACGAAUAAAUGUCUUGAUUAUGAAAUUCCCACUCGCCACAGAAACUGAUGUUUACACUAAAUCCCUUCCUAUCUUAGAUUCUCUCAAUGUCAUCAACCUUCCAGAAUGCUCUCUUCCCCCGAAUUCCAACCCUGGUUCCGCCAUGAUCGCUCUCCUCGAAGCUCAGAAACCAAACGUCAAACAAGCUGUCUCUAACCUCAUUACUAGAGAGCCACAACACGGACGCCUGGCUGCCUUUGUUGUUGACAUGUUCUGCACCCCCAUGAUUGAUAUUGCCAAAGAGUUUUCCGUUCCUACGCUCGUCUUCUUCACUUCCGGUGUUGCUUUCCUUGGUUUGAGUCUCCAUCUUCACACCAUCCAUGAACGAGACAGCGUAGAUUCAACUCAAUUGCUGCAACUCACUAAGCUGGCUGUCCCGAGUUUCGCUAACUCGGUUCCAAUAAAAUCGUUGCCUAGUGUUGUGCUACUCAAAGAAUGGGAGCCGUUUUUGAUGGACUUCUACUGGAAAGGCCUGAAGAAUGCUGAUGGCAUUAUAGUAAAUUCAUUUGAAGAGCUUGAAUCCCAUGCGGUUCAUUCAUUUGUAUCUCAUGCAGGCCUAACUAGUUUACCGAUAUAUCCGGUCGGACCUAUACUAAACCUGGAGCCGAAAACCAAAUGCAGCGUUGAUUCUGAUGGCAUCCUCAAGUGGCUUGAUGAUAAACCUCCUUCCUCGAUAAUUUUUCUCUGCUUCGGCAGUAUGGGUUCUUUCGAUGAAGAUCAGAUUAAGAAGAUAGCAUAUGCUAUUGAGAAUAGUGGCGUCCGCUUUAUAUGGUCUCUUCGAAAACCUCCACCAAAAGGCACUAUGGAUGCGCCUUCUAAUUACCCACAUUUUCAAUUGGAUUCGAUUUUACCUAAAGGAUUUUUAGAUCGGACUGCAGAAACUGGAAGGGUCAUUGGAUGGGCCCCUCAAGCUCAAAUACUAGCCCAUCGUGCGACAGGAGGAUUUGUUUCGCAUUGUGGCUGGAAUUCAACACUUGAGAGUAUCUAUUAUGGCGUGCCUAUUGCCACGUGGCCUAUUUCUGCCGAACAACAAAUGAAUGCUUUUGAAUUGGUGAGUGAACUGAAGUUGGGUGUGGAGAUUACAUUGGAUUAUAGCAUAACGUUCAAUGGUGAACCUAACUAUGUUGUAACGGCAGACAUGAUUGAAAAAGGAAUAAAGAGUGUGUUGGAUAAGGAUGGAGAGGUAAGAAAGAAAGUGAAAGAGAUGAGUGAAAAGAGUAGGAAGACUUUAUUAGAAGGAGGAUCUUCUUACACUUAUUUAGAACGAUUGAUUGAUUAUAUUGUGAAUCAAACAUCAGAUUAA